CCAAAUGGACAAUCUUUACAGUUCUUGGAUACAAGAUGCUGAUCCAUUCAGCACCUGGGAUCAUCAUUCUCUCUUACCUCCAACUCUUCAUCAACUCACUGCUUCUGAUGAUCAUGGUGGCUGUAGCAAUGGUGGUGGUCAAUCGGAAGAUGGUAAAGCUACAGCUGCUUCCAAGAACCAUAGUGAAGCCGAGAAGCGGCGUAGAGAUAGGAUCAACGCGCAUCUCACCACUCUCAGGAGACUCGUGUCUAAUUCUGAUAAGAUGGACAAGGCGAGUCUAUUAGGGAAGGUCGUUGAACACGUGAAAGAAUUGAAGUCGGAGACGAAGGAGCUAAGCAAAGUGUCGACGAUUCCGACUGAUUUAGAUGAAGUAAUCAUCGAUCUUGAUUCCGGUACCGUGGACCCGAACACGAGUGUUUUCAUCAGGGCUUCGCUUUGUUGUGAAGAUCGACGAGAAGUAUUUUCGGAGAUCAAGCACGCCCUUAAAAGCCUGCGACUGACCGUGGUCCAAGCCGAUAUGACUUGUUUGGGUGGCAGGAUGAAGUGCAACCUCAUCCUUUGCGUCACGAAUAAUAAUCCGAGCAAGAUCGAUGAGAAGGAAUUGACGAUGUUGAAACAUUCUUUAAAGAUAUUGUUCGGUAGAAUCGUUUCAUCGUCUUCUUGGACGACGUCAACAAACUAUCGCAUCAAAAGCAAGAGACAAAGGUUCUUUUGUUCUUCUAAUUACAACGCCAACGAUUGUGAAUAGAAAAUUCGUUAAUUUAUGCACCGUUUAGCAUCACGAAUUCAUCGUUGUUGAGAAUUUGCAACGGUCAUCACAAAUAACAUUUUGUUUCGAAUUUUAGGUCGAUUACAAGUGUUUCGAGUUUAUUAUUUCAUGUCUUAUGAUCGUUUUACCUCGUUAAAUACUUUAUUGUGACUGUUGAUCGUUGUAUUACGACGGCCAAUUAUCGAUAGAACUUAUUUGCUUU